AUGACUUUGUCAGCCGUUGCUUCAAACAAGAUUAGCGCCAUCAUCGAUGAGUACACGGCCGGCAAAAGCUCUAAGCUUCCUGGGCUUGUUUACUGCGCAGUCAACGAACAUGGCGAGCUCAUAUACUGCCACGCGUCAGGAAGGAAGGGCCUUUCGACAAAAUCCCCCAUGACAGCAGAUACUAUUUUCUGGCUGCUGUCAUUCACGAAGCUCAUAACAUCCAUUGCGUGUAUGCAAUGUGUGGAGCGCGGCCUGCUGAAUCUGGAUGAUGCGGACCAACUCGAGCAACUGGCACCUGAGUUGCGCGAUAUCAAAGUUCUUCAGAGAAAUCCAGAUGGUGAUCUGGAGUACGUUGAAAAGCGUAACAGGAUCACUCUUAGAAUGCUCCUGAACCAUACUGCUGGAUUUGGCUAUGCGUUCGAGGACGACAAAUUGGCCGAAGUUGAUCGUCCACUUGGUCUAGAUGACUUUUCCUGUGAACGGUCAGAUGUCAUCAGUCGGCCUCUCGUCAAUCAGCCUGGUGAGGAAUUCCAGUACGGAACGUCUCUUGAUUGGGCUGGUAUCAUCGUGGAGCGUGUGACGGGGGGCUCUCUCGAAGCGUAUUUUCAGGAUCAUAUAUUUGCACCAUUGGGCAUCUCAAGCAUCACUUUCAAGCCCUCCCAAGGCGCAAAGACUAGCUUGGCCCACAUGCAUCAAAGGGACUCAUAUGGUAGAGUCUACGAAAUUGACCACAUUUACAGAAAGCCUUUGCUCGUCAAGACCCCCAAGGAGAGGGAAAGUCUGUUCUGCGCGGGUGGGCAUGGCUGUUUUGGCAAGCCCAGUGAAUACGCUCGCAUUAUAUCUGUGCUUCUCAAUAACGGAAAAGAUGCACAAACGAACGUUCAAAUUCUUGAACCAACCACCGUUGAGGAAAUGUUCACGGACCAAAUCCCCGAUAAGCCUCGUUUUUCAAACACUUUCGUUCCAGUCGCAAAGCCACUUUUGGCGAGACCUACCCCCUUGACUCCUAUGCCGGAAGAUCACACCGAAGGUUGGGGCUUGUCCUUUUCGAUCAGUCAUUUCCAGUCUCCAACGGGCAGAGCCGCGGGAAGCGGCUCUUGGGAAGGUUUGGCGAACCUCUACUGGUUUGCAGACCGACAGAACAAGCUUGGUGGAAUCAUUGCGGCGCAGAUUGCUCCGUAUGGAGGAAUGUGGCAGGCUGACGAGAUUCUCUCUGUCCCGCGGGUAGGAGGCUACCUUGCACUUCAAUCUAGUCUUCUUCGAUUUGCAAACCCACGCGCUCUGAUCUUGGCGUACCCCAUGAUUGACCUCGAGGCGCCUCAUUAUACUCGGGCUGCAGACAAGGCCAUCGUUGGAGUCCCGAAUUUCCCAGACAAACUCAUUGACACCUUCUUGGAUCUCCCUCACAAGCAAGAAUUCGAGACGGAGGCGGAUCCACCUGACCGUCUGGCUUUGGCUCUGGCGACUGUGCAGAACGGCAGGUUUCUAGACUUCCUUGUGUCAGCUUUUCCAUCCGCUCGACGUUUGAAGAUCAUUACGACGCUAUCAUACCCGAGAUUCAAGAUGGCUACCAUGGACAAAGUGUUUGCUGCCUACGAGCAGCGCCAGGCGGCCCUCGACAAAAGUACCGCCACCAACCCCUUCGCCAAGGGGAUCGCUUGGGUUGAGGGGAACCUUGUUCCCCUUUCUGAAGCACGAAUCCCACUGCUGGAUCAGGGCUUCAUGCACAGCGAUCUCACGUACGAUGUUCCCUCGGUUUGGGACGGCCGUUUCUUCCGCCUUGACGAUCACCUGACCCGCCUGGAGGCAAGCUGCAAGAAAUUGCGGUUGAGACUGCCCUUACCGCGCGAGGAAGUCAAGAAGAUCCUGGUCGAUAUGGUGGCCAAAAGCGGCAUUCGAGAUGCUUUCGUCGAACUCAUCGUCACUCGCGGCCUGAAAGGUGUACGAGGCGCGAAGCCCGAGGACCUACUCAACAACAACCUCUACAUGUUCAUCCAACCCUACGUCUGGUGCAUGGACCCUGAGAUCCAGCCUCACGGAGGCAGCGCAGUUAUCGCCCGAACUGUCCGCCGCGUGCCACCCGGGGCCAUCGACCCGACCGUCAAGAACCUGCAGUGGGGUGACCUAGUCCGGGGUCUCUUUGAGGCCUCGGACCGUGGUGCGACGUACCCUUUCUUGACCGAUGGAGAUGCGCACCUAACUGAAGGCUCUGGCUUCAAUAUCUGUCUGAUCAAAGACGGCACGCUGUUUACUCCUGACCGUGGGGUUCUUGAGGGUGUGACCCGAAAGAGCGUCUUGGAAGUUGCGAGAGCCAGUGGAGUCCCCGUUCGUCUGGAGGUGAUUCCCGUGGAAAGGGCGUACGAGGCAGAUGAGAUUCUGAUGUGCACGACGGCUGGUGGAAUCAUGCCCAUUACAACGCUCGAUGGCAAGCCGGUCAAUGGAAAGGGCGUUGUUGGACCCAUCACGAAGAAGAUCUGGGAUGGUUACUGGGCUCUGCAUUACGACCCUAAUCACAGCUUUGAGAUAGACUAUAGCGCCGCCUAG